GAGUGUGACAAUGAUAUAUAUAGCAUAAGCAUCUGCAUUAUUUCGGUUUGGCGCAAAUGAGACACAUCACAAAGACCGUAUAAUACAUGAUUAUGAAGGAAAACAGUUCUCAACAACAUCAAUUAAGUUCGAAGGAUAAGACCAAAUACAGUACUAUACUGUAUUUAACCUUUAGCUUGUUCCAUUUUCCUAUAUAUACCAACUAACUUGUACUCUCACAUCAUCGUAGCUUGUUUCCAUUUCUAAAGAAACAGGCUUUAUUUGAGCACUUUGGGACUCUCAAUUCUCAGGGUUACCUUCUCUAUCAGCUUCUGCAGAUUAGCUGGAAGAAAUAAAGAAAGAAAAAGAUAACAAAAGUUGUUCAAAGGCCAUGGAUGUUGCACAUUUUUUGUUUGGAAUCUUUGGGAAUGCUUCCGCUCUGUUCCUCUUCUUGGCUCCAGUGUAUGCAUUACAUAGCUGCUUCCUUCCCUCUUUGAUCACAUUCAAGAGGAUUAUAAAGAACAGAUCCACAGAGAAGUUCUCGGGCAUUCCAUAUGUCAUGACACUGCUCAAUUGUCUCCUUUCAGCUUGGUAUGGUUUGCCUUUUGUGUCUCCCCACAACAUAUUAGUGUCAACAGUGAAUGGCACUGGAUCAUUCAUUGAAAUCAUAUACGUGUUAAUCUUCAUCGUAUUGGCACCAAGGAAGGAGAAGGCUAAAAUUCUUGGUCUCUUCACCUUCGUGCUCUCGGUGUUCUCUGCAGUUGUUUUCGUGUCCCUUUUUGCUCUUCAUGGCAAUUCCAGAAAGCUCUUCUGUGGCUUCGCUGCAGCCAUAUUUUCCAUUAUCAUGUAUGGCUCGCCACUCUCAAUUAUGAGACUAGUGAUCAAAACUAAGAGUGUGGAGUUCAUGCCCUUCUUCUUGUCGCUGUUUGUGUUUCUCUGUGGCACUUCCUGGUUUAUCUUUGGUCUGCUAGGCCGUGACCCAUUUGUUGCAGUACCUAAUGGUGUUGGUUCUGCUUUGGGGACAAUGCAACUAAUAUUGUAUUUCAUAUACCGAGACAAUAAAGGUGUUCCAAGGAAGCAAGCCCCAACAGAGGAGGAGUCCAUGGAGAUGGGGGAUGCAAAGCCCCAACAAGGGAAGCAAUCCAAUGCCAAUGGAAUUCAAGGAUGAUAUGUCAAGGAACAUGUUUGGAUCACUCGCAACCCAUGCCAAAGACAAUAGUCAGCUUUGUAAUUUGUAAGCUACAAAGUCUGCAACUGAGAGCAAGAACCUCCUCUAUGAUUUGGUCUGCUCUUGUAUUAGUUCCAUAAAUGGCUGUAAUUUACUUCUUUCUAAGACACUGGCAUCUUCAAUUAGACGGAUAAUAUUGCACGGAAACAAGCAUGUUUGUGUGAGUUUUUAGUAGCUCCUUCCCCUGGUCUCGGGGAUUUUAUGUUAGUGGCUUUUUGGUAGUGCACAACCUACCAAAUAAAAGUGCUAAUUUGAAAUUGAAAUUUUCAAUUAAAAAUUGUAUGCCAAUGUGAAGAAGCUAAAAGGAAAUACGAUUUGCUGA